AUGGCAGCACAAUCACGCGAAGUUGUCUGUAGUCGAGCGCUUGUCUGGACACGAGUGUGUAAAAGAAAUAAAGCGCACGUUAAUUUACGUGGAUUCACGCAGCUCAGUAACCCUACAACGUCUCGUGGCAGCUCAUCACAGUCAAGGAUCUACAGUAAUAGAAUUGUUCUUCGUCAAUGUAUUGGUGGCAGUUUUGGUCCAUUUAAGGCUUCAACUUUUCAUUCAUCAGCAACGAGUUUACAGAAAGAUUUUUAUGAGUUACUUGGAGUUUCUCGGGAUUCUAGUCAGGAUGAGAUAAAGAGAGCUUAUUAUCAAUUGGCGAAAAAGUAUCAUCCUGAUAGGAACAAGGAUGACAAGAAGGCAGCAACGAAGUUUAAAGAAAUUGGGGAAGCGUAUGAGGUAUUAGGCAAUGAGCAAAAGAGGAGGCAAUACGAUCAACUAGGUCGCACUGGGUUUGGUGCUCAAGGUGGAGCUGGUGGACCAUUCGGUUCUGACUCCAGCUAUGAGUAUCGAAGCUCCAGCUAUGAGUAUCGAGGAAAUAUGAAUCCGGAUGAUCUUUUCAACGAGCUGUUUCGUGGCAGUGGGUUUAAUGUAUUUAGUGAUUUCUUUGGUGGAGGAUUCUCGUCCGCAACGUCACAGGUUGUUUUAAGACUCUCGUUUCUUGAAGCAGUUCGCGGAUGCGACAAGCAGAUCAACGUUCAACGAGUCGUAGGCAAUAGAGUGACGUCAGAGUCAAUGGCAGUUUCCAUCCCAGCAGGAGUUGAUGAAGGUCAAACGUUGAAGUUGUCUUCUCAGAAAGGAACUGUGUUUGUCAGGAUUGCGGUUGAGGUGAGUGACAUGUUUGUUCGAGAUGGCAUCAACGUUCACUCUACAGCGAAAAUCAGUUUAUCUCAGGCCGUCCUCGGUGGGACUGUUCGAACGCCUGGUCUCUACGGACCUCUUGAUGUGAAGAUUCCCGCUGGCACUGCAUCUCAUCAUCGAUUAAGAUUGUCAAAUCGAGGUAUACAGAGGCUGGAUGGUCCUGGGAAAGGCGACCACAUUGUAGAGAUCAAGAUCAAUGUUCCUAGACGAAUAACACAACAACAACGUGAUCUACUCACGUCUUAUGCUCAGACAGAAAGCAACAGAAACGGCACAGUCAAUGGACUCGAUGGUGAAGCAGCACAAGAAGAAGAGCCUGGAUUUUUUGACAGACUUCGAAAUAAAUUCUCCAAUUAUUGUGAUGAUGACGAUGAUAAGAAGAGUAGUACUGGCAUGACUUGAUAGAUGUUGGCAAACUGGAUCAUUGCUGUCACUCAAUGUACGAUAUAUUGUGUCUUGGUAUAGUACAGGUUGUUGGCAAGUAGAACAAUAGGAGAAGUUGGUAGUGAUCUUGCUGCAG